CGUGAAGUGAUCUUCCCCCAUCCAUCGUCUGCCCUGUCCAGUCCCAUCGCACCCCCCUCCCCCCCUCCCUCAAUCACCACUUCCCUAGACCCCCGAGCAAGGAUGGCAGGAGAUCUACGGGGGCGACAAGGCUCUCAGGAGCCCGAGGUCUCCACGAAAGAGUCCUCGCCGGGCUUCUCGCCAUUCGAGUCCGGAUCGUCCGUGACGUCCAUCGACGGGCCCAACCCGGCCGUCCUGGUGGGCUAUGCGUGCCGCGUGGCGGGCGCAGACCGUCCCAGCAAACUAUGGGACAAUAUCGUCGAGCAGAAGGAUGUGAGAUGUAAAAUGCCGGCGAAUCGCUUCAAUGUGGACAACUUCUUCCACCCGGAUGGCACGCACAAGGGCACGACCAAUGCCAAAUACGGAUAUUAUCUCGAUCAAGACCUGGGCCACUUUGAUCGCAGUUUUUUCCGCAUCUCCGGCAAGGAGGCCGAGGCCAUGGACCCCCAACAACGCUUGAUCCUCGAGGUGGUGUAUGAGGCCUUGGAAGAUGCCGGCAUCACCCUCGAGGAAAUCAACGGCUCGCGCACCUCCGUCCUGUGCGGGUCCUUCACGAAUGAUUACAAUGCCAUGCUCACCAAAGAUCUUGAAUACUAUCCCAGCUACACAGUCACCGGCACCGGCAAUGCCAUCCUCUCGAAUCGCGUCUCCUAUGUUUUUAACCUCCAGGGCAUGAGUCUGACCAUCGAUACGGCCUGUUCCUCAUCGCUGGUGGCGUUCCAUCUGGGCGCCCAGUCCAUCCAGAGCGGGGACUGCGACACGUCCAUCAUCGUGGGAUCCGCCCUGCAUUUCGACCCCAACAUCUUCAUCACCAUGACCGACCUCGGCAUGCUCUCGGAGGAAGGACGGAGUCGCGCCUUUGCCGCUGGGGUCAAGGGCUAUGCCCGGGGAGAUGGUGUAUGCGCAGUGAUCCUGCGAGGGCAACGGCAGGCGGAACUGCAUGGCGAUGACAUUCGCGCCAUUGUCCGGGCCACCGGAUCGAACCACGAUGGCACGAAGCAGGGUAUCACACUCCCGUCCUCGGACGGACAAGAAGAGCUCAUCCGGAAGACGUACCGGUCCGCCGGCUUGGACCCCGUCGAUACCACUUAUGUCGAAGCCCACGGCACGGGGACGGGGCGCGGGGAUCCAUUAGAAACGAAGGCGUUGGGGGCAGUCUUUGGCUCGAAGCGUCGCAAGCGUCCGCUGUAUGUCGGUUCGAUUAAGAGCAACAUCGGCCACACCGAGGGAGCCUCCGGGCUGGCCGGCAUCAUCAAGGCCACCAUGGCGUUAGAAAAGGGCCAGAUCCCCCCCAAUAUGCAUUUCAAGAUUCCCAACCCCGAGAUCAAGUUCGACGAGUGGCAGAUUGAGGUCCCCACGGAGUUAGUCGAUUUUCCCCUCAAUGCCCACGGCCGUCGACGCGUUAGCAUCAACUCGUUUGGCUAUGGAGGCGCCAACGCCCACGUUGUUCUGGAGGACUAUCGGCCACACACCAUCCAAGAACGCCCGCCAUCAACAGUCCCUCCGAUCUUCGAGGCGGCGGUGCAACACCGUCCGUUCCUCGUGCCCUUAACCUCGCAUUCCGACAAGGCGGGCGAUCUCCUCACGGAGCGAUUGGUGGAAUAUUUGCAGCGCCAGGAGGACUGCCAGGUGGCCGACCUGGCCGUCAGUCUGUCCACGGCCCGCUCCAUGCAUGACCAGCGGUCCUAUGCCAUCGGCAACGAUCCCACCACCAUCCAGCAGAGCCUGCAGAAAGUGCCCGCCUGGACCAAGACCAGCAAGCAGGCUCCGCGACUGGGAUUUGUGUUUACCGGCCAGGGUGCGCAGUGGUAUGCCAUGGGUCGCCAGCUGAUCGAGCAAUCCCCCAUCUUCUUGCAGACUCUGCAGCGUGCGGACCAGGUGCUCAAGGCGCUGCCCGACGGCCCCAAGUGGUCGGUGGUGGAAGAGCUGUCGCGCACCAAGGAGGACUCCCAGCUCAGCCAAACCCACCUGUCCCAACCCAUCUGCACGGCGCUGCAGUUAGCCAUCCUCGCACUGCUGAAGACCUGGGGCGUCGAGCCCACGGCCGUCGUGGGCCACUCGUCCGGCGAGAUGGGCGCGGCGUUUGCCGCCGGCAUCCUGUCGUUCGAGAGCGCCAUGUACGCGGCCUACUACCGAGGCCUGCACAUGUCCAACGGAGCCGCCAAGGCCGGUCCUGAUGCCAUUCCGGGGGCGAUGAUGGCCGUCGGGCUGGGCGAGUCCGAGGCCGCGGCCGAGCUGGAGCCCUACAAGGGCCGCGCCGUCAUUGCGGCCGUCAACAGUCCAUCCAGUGUCACCCUCUCCGGGGACGAGGACGCCAUCAUCGAGGUCCAGAAGAGCCUAGAGGCCCGGAAGAUCUUCGCGCGCCGGCUCCAAGUCGCGCAGGCCUUCCACUCCCACCACAUGUUCCCCUUGGCGCCCGCCUAUGCGAAGGCGCUGAAUGAAUGCGACGGUUUCGCCCCGCAACCCUCGGACAAGGCCCGCAUGUUCUCCAGUGUCACGGCGCGCGUGGCCGAUGCGGAGCAGAUGGGGGCCGAGUACUGGACGGCCAACAUGACCGGCACCGUGCGCUUCUCCGAUGCGCUGGUGGGCAUCCUGAUCGAUGAUGCCGAGAACCAGAACGUCGAUGUCCUGGUCGAGAUCGGCCCCCAUGCGGCGCUCAAGGGCCCGGCGCGCCAGGUGAUGAAGAGCCUGAACCUGGAUUUGCCCUACUUUGCCUCCCUCACGCGCGGCACCCCCGACUACGAGGGCAUCCUGGGGCUGGCCGGGCAGCUGUUCCAGGUGGGAUACCCCGUGGAUUUGCUGGCCGUCAACAGCGACGCGUAUCUGAGCGACUCGGGGCUCGCCUGCACGGUGCCCCGCGGCCAGCGCCGGAAGGACCUGCCGAGCUAUCCGUGGGAUCAUUCUGAGCGGUACUGGGCUGAGACACGCCUGAUCCACAACCACCGGCUGCGCGAGUAUCGCCACUCGCUGCUGGGCGCCAAAAUGGCCGGCUCGAUCGAGAACCACGUGCGGUGGCGCAAUUACCUGCGCAUCCGCGAGCUGCCGUGGCUUGCCGACCAUGUCAUCGACGGCAAGGUGCUGUUCCCGGCAGCGGGCUACAUGAGCCUUGCAUUCGAGGCGGUGGCCCGCGCGCGCGAUGGGCUCCAGGCCACCGAUGGCUUUGCCCUGCGGAAUGUCUCCAUCAAGUCGGCGUUGGUGCUGGAUGACUCGGACAUGGGCACCGAGUUGAUUGUCGACCUCCACCCCCAGGUCACCUCGGCCAAGUCGCGCUCGGAUACGUGGUACGAAUUUGAGAUCUUCUCCUACGACAGCCGGUACCACUGCACCGAGCACUGCUCCGGCCUGGUGGCCGUCGAGGCCCUCUCCGGCACGACGGCCGCGCAGGACCGGGAGGCCCGUCUGCAGAGCAGCACCGCCUGGUCGCCGGUCAGUCGCUACUAUCGCCAUCUCAGCGACAUCGGGCUGCAGUACGGGGACGAGUUCCGUCUGUUGAAUGGCAGCAUCGAGUCGGGGCCGGGCUUUGCCUGUGCCAGUCUGACCUUCAACCCGGAGAAAUAUGCCAGCCAGCCGGCCGAUGUGACCUUCGUCCACCCCACCAUCCUCGAUGCCACCUUCCACACCAUCUUCCCGGCCCUGGAGCUGGUGCUGGGCCGCGACCUGGACGAGGCCUACAUCCCCACCUUCGUCGAGAGCUGCCACAUUUACCCGGAGAUGCUCACCAUCAAGGAUGCCCAGGGGCCGCAGGAGGUGUGGGUGGACACCACGACGGAGAAGUCGGGCUUCCGCUCGGCCAUCAGUCACCUCAGCGUCGAAACCGCGGUCGGUCACCAGCCGUUACUGUCCUUCUCGGGCCUGCGGGUGACCUCGCUGGGCAGCGGCGAUGAUUCCAAGGACCGGUCACUGUUCUUCCGCGUCCGCUGGCAGGCCGCCUUUGACCAGCUGAGUGCCGAAUCCUCGCUGGUGUCCCAGGCAUCGCUGGCGGAGCUGCUUGACAUGUUCGUCCACCAGCACCCGAACACCAAGAUCCUCCAUGUCACCGGCGGAGUGGAGGACACCGAGCAGGUGCUCCGGGCCCUGAGCGGCCCGAACAAAGAGCGACGACGCCUGAAGUCUCUGACCCCCGUCUCCGGCAACAUUGUCGCAUCUGGGGAUGCCUGGGAACAGCUGGCGGGCCAAUGGCCGGGUCUGGUCAGCCUCGAGGAGCCAGCGGAAAGCGACUACGACCUGGUCCUCAUCACGGGCGCCCAGCAAAGCAGUCUCCUGCCGUUCCUGAAGGAGGGUGGCCAUGUCAUUGCUCCUGCCCAGGGAGAGACGGAGACCGCCCUGGAGUUGCUUUUCCAGAGCCAGGAGGCCGCGGUGUGGAAGAGGGCCACGACCCAGCCCGAGGAAUCCAGCCCUAAGCCGCUGGUGAUCAUUCACUCCUCGCCGCCCUCCAGCCGGACCGUCGACCUGAUCUCCCGACUCGCGGCCUCCAUGAAGCACCGCCCAACCUCCUGUGUCGAGUUUAACGACCUUGCCAAGACCCCGCUGGGUGACGCCGAUGUUGUGGUGCUCGCCAGCCUGGAUGGCCCCUUGUUCAUGCAGCGAGACCCGGCCGGGGAAGCCAUCUUUGAUGCCGCCCGGGAGCUGCUCCUGCGCCCGCACCUCAACCUCGUGUGGCUGCUCGAGGGCGCCACCGACCAAGUGGCCGAGAACCCAUUGCACGCGAUGAUCGUGGGUCUGGCGCGUGUGGCUCGCACCGAGAACGAGGGCGCACGCAUCCUGACCUUGGAUCUGCCGGUCGACUACCCACCCCAAUCCACCGUGCCCUUUGUCAACCAGCUGUUGGAUCGUGCGAUCGUGGACGAGGAAUGGUCCCUCCGCGACGGGGCCCUCUAUAUCCCUCGCAUCGAGGCGGAUGAUGAGCUGAACUCCAAGGUCCGCGGGGGUGUCAACUCGGGUGAGAAAUUGGAGGCCUUCGGCAGCGAGCGUCCCAUCCAGCUGACCAUCGGCCAAGUGGGUCGCCUGGAGAGCCUGGUCUGGGAGGAUGACGAGGCGAUGCUAGAUGAGGAGCUCGGCUCCGAGGAGAUUGAGAUUGCGGUCAAGGCCUCGACGGUGAAUGCCCGCGAUGUUGCCGCGGCCACGGGUACCAUCGACGACUUCCGUCUGGGCGAUGAAUGCGCCGGCCUGGUGCUGCGCGUCGGCUCUCAGGUGGAUCCCGCCAAAUUCCAACCGGGUGACAAGGUGCUGGCCAUUCGCCCCGGUCAGGGCGCUCAUCGGUCGGUCGUGCGUAACCCUGCCUCGUGCUGCUUCCGUCUGGGCCCCAUGCCCUUUGAGGAUGCCGCCGCCCUGCCGCAGAUCCUGGUGACGCCGUACUACGCCCUCGUAGAGAUUGCCCGUUUGCAGGCCGGCGAGAGCGUGCUGGUGCAUGCAGCGGCCAGUGGCGUGGGUCAAAUGGCCGUCCAGAUUGCGCAGAUGGUCGGCGCCAAUAUCAUUGCCACUGCGGGAUCAGAGGCCGAACGCGACCUGUUGGUGACUCGCUACGGACUGGCUUCCACCACGAUCUUCUCGUCGCGCGACAUCAGCUUUGUCGCAGGGGUGCAGAAGGCGACGAGCGGACGGGGAGUGGAUGUCGUCCUGAACAGCCUCUCCGGCAAGCUCCUCCACGGAUCCUGGCGCUGCGUGGCGCCCUUCGGACGGUUCAUUGAAAUUGGGAAGCAGGAUAUCAAUGAGAAUGCCAUGCUCGAGAUGGCCCCCUUCCAGCGCAACGUGCUCUUCGCCUCGGUGGACCUGGUGACCUUGUACGCCACCAACCAAGCUCUGGGUGCCCGUCUGUUCCAAGAGGUCUGCGACCUGUGCCACGUCGGCAAGCUGGGCAUGCCCGAAACCGUCCUGGGGGUGCCCUACUCUGAAGCCCCCAAGGCAUUCCGCCUCGUGCAGAGCGAGGGCCACAUCGGCCAGGUCGUGCUGAAGGCCACCGAUGAGACGCAGGUGCCCAUCCGGCCGCCCACUUGGAAUCGGCGCGCCAACCAGUUCAGCCCUGACAAGACCUACCUGCUGGCGGGCGGUCUCGGAGGUCUGGGCCGGACGCUGGCCGAGUGGAUGUUGCAGCGGAACGCGAAGAAACUUGUCUUCCUGUCGCGAUCGGGCGAGACGCGCGAGGAGGCCAAGUCCACUGUUUCCUGGCUACGGGCCCAUGGCAUUCAAGUGACGGUCCACAAGGGCGAUGUGGCCAAGAUCGCCGACGUCGAGGCGUGUGUGAAAGCCAUCCCCAACCUCGGGGGUGUCUUCCACGCGGCCAUGGUCCUGGCCGAUGCGGCACUGGAGAACAUGACCUAUGCGCAGUGGCAUACGUGCGUCCAGCCCAAGGUGGUGGGCGCCUACAACCUCCAUCGGGCCACGAAGGACCUUCCCUUGGACUUUUUCGUGGCUUUCUCCUCGGUCUCGGGCUGCUUUGGCACCAAGUCUCAGGGCAACUACGCGGCUGCUAAUGCCUACAUUGAUGCCUUGUGCCGCCACCGCCGCCAGAUCGGCUUGCCGGCCUCGACGAUGAAUUGCGGUCGUAUCACGGGCAUCGGUGUGGCGGCUGAGGCGGCCUCACUGGAGCGGUUCAUGGAGCAGGAGGGCUUCGACGGGGUCAAUGGACAGGAACUGUUGCAGCAGGUCGAAGAGGCCGUCUUCUCCGACCAGACGGCUACCGUCUCGUCUCGUGGCGUCGAUCUGUAUCAAACCGUGACGGGCGUGAUUCUCACCCGCGAUGAUGUGUACUGGGCUCCGCACUCGCUCUUCAAGAACCUGUACCAGAACCACGACUUCGACCGCCGCUCCGGCCAGAAACCCGGCGAGGUCAGUCUCCCCGUGCUGUUCACGCAAGUCACCGACCCGGAGCAGCGGGCCGCGUUGUUGCUGGAGCGCUUUGUCGAGAAGCUGGCCGUGUCGCUCGGCGUGCCCAAGGAGUCGCCCAAGCCGGCGGAUCCCAUCUACGGUCUGGAUUCCCUGCUGGCCGUGGACCUGCGCAACUGGUUCACCAAGACCCUGGGCGUCGAUAUCGCCUUGUUCGACGUGAUGGGCGCGCCUUCCAUCCGCUCCCUGAUUGAGAAGGCUGUCAGCCUGUACAAGGACCAGGAGGUGAAGAGUGGCAAGCCGGCGCCACAGAAGGCCAGCAGUGCCUCGGCUGCCACGGGGGCCUCUGAGGGCGCCGCCACCCUGGAGAUCCCCAAGGCCGACCUGGCACAGCCCCUGCCCUUGUCAACCUUCCAGAACCGCCUUUGGUUCUCCCACAGCUUUGCCCAGGACAAGUCCUUCCUCAACAUCCCGGUGGUCAUGCACAUGCGGGGGACGCCGGACCACUCCAUCUUGCGGCGGACUCUGACCGAACUCCGGGCUCGGAACCCUAUCCUGCGGACGGCCUACCAGGAGGGCGAUGACUUUGCUGAGCAGGCCAUCAUCGACCCCACGGAGGUCCUGGUCAAGUUCCGGGAUGUCUCCGCCCAGGCGGACCCCCGCGAGGCCCUCCAGACCCUGGUCGCGACGUUGAAGCGCAAGGAGCUGGAUAUUGAAGUUGGGGAGCUGAUCGAUGCCACGCUCGUCAAGGUGACCCCGGAGAAUUACGCGCUGGUGCUCAUCAUGCAUCACAUCUGCACCGACCGAGGCAACACUCAGCCACUGCUGACGCAGAUCACGACCUUGUACGAUACCCUACGCAAUGGCCGCAGCCUGUCGGCCAUUCCCGCGCCUAAGGUCAACUAUGCCGACUUCACCCUCUGGCACAACCAGCUGCUGUCGUCCGACGCGCUGGUGCCCCAUGUCGAGUACUGGCGACAGGCUCUGGCUGGCAUGCCCACCGCCAGCCCAUUGCUCCCUUUCGCCAAGUCCGAGCGUCCCUCGUGGGAUGAUUACUCGCGGGCCACCAUCACGGCCCAGCUAAAGGCCACGCAGCUCAAGCGCAUCAAGCGCAUCUGCUCCCAGGCCAAGAGCAGUCCGUUCCAGUUCCUCUUCAGCGCCUUCCGGGCCUUCCUGUACCGCUACACCGCGGACAAGGACCUGACCAUCUUGAUGGUGGACGGCAAUCGUCCUCAUGCCGAGUUCAAUGACCUGCUGGGAUUCUUUGUCAACAUGACCCCCAUCCGCUGUCAGGAUGCCUGCGAGGGCACCUUUGAGGCGCUCCUCAAGACCAUGAGCGGUCGCAUCCUGGAAAGCAUGUCCCACAGCGUGGUGCCGUUCGACGUGAUCGUCAGCGAGACCAAGGUGGCGCGCAGUGCCGGCCAUUUCCCGCUGGGCCAGGUCAUGGUCAACUACCAGCAGCCCGAGGGGCAGGCCGUGUACCAGGCGGGUGACUUCGCGCUGCACAAGCUGGAGGCGGAGAACAUGCCGUCCGGCUGUGAGUUGAGUCUCGAGGCCCGCGAGGAUUCCGACAACGUGCUGCAGCUGCAGCUCGAGUUCUCGACCACCCUGUACGGGGAGCCCGACAUGCGCCGCUUCUUCGACAACUUCCAGACCUUCCUGACCUCGGUCAUUAAGGACCACCGCCAGCCGAUUGCGAGCGUGCCCGUCUGCGGGCCGGCGGAAAUCGAGCGGUUGGGCGUGCAGUUCUGGAACCACCAAUACAAGCCCCAUUCGUGGGAUGACACCACGAUCGUCGAGCGGGUGCUGAGCGUGGCCGAGACCCGGCCGGAUGCUAUUGCCAUGACCACGUCCGAGGGGGAGAGCAUCAGCUAUCGCGAUCUUGUCUUCGCCGCCCGUCGCCUGGCCUUUUCACUGCAGGAUGCAGGCAUUCGCCAUGGCCAGUAUGUGGGCAUCCUGGCCGAUCCUGGUAUUCCCCUGGUGGUCACGAUGCUGGGUGCCUGGUUCAACCGCUGCGGUUACCUGCCCAUGGACCCGGCCAUGGCCGUGGGUCGCCUGUCCUUCAUCACCGACGACUCCCAAAUGGGGCUGCUGCUCUUCGACGAGGCAUCCCGGGGGCUGGCCUCCCAGGUCCGCGCUCAGAGCAAAUCCCCCUAUGGCCUCCUGAGCAUCCGCGAUGCCACGGCCUCGUGCGUCCUGGCCGACGUGCGUCCCUCCCUCCGGAGUGACCCGUGCUAUAUGCUGUACACCUCCGGAAGCACCGGAAUUCCCAAGGGGGUGCGGCUCUCGCAGAGCAACGUCCAUGAGAUGCUGGCCUCCAUGCAGCAGCACUUUGACUUCAGUCCCCGCGACCGGUUCCUGCACCAGAUCUCGCCGUCAUUCGACCUCUCCGUGGUGGAGCUCUGGUCCUCCCUGACGGCUGGAGCCCGGCUCUGCAUUGCCACCAAAGCCACCCGGCGGAACCCCGUCCUGCUGGGGGAGUACAUGCGCCAGGAAUCCGUGACGGUCACCUACUUCACCCCCACUCAAUUUGCGCUGGUUCUCGAGCAUAACGGUGACGCCGUGGCCGCCUGCCCCGAGUACCGCAUCGCGCUGCUGUGUGGCGAGCGGUUGCCUGCCCGCUUGGCCAUCGCCUUCCAACGCCUGGGCACGCCAGCCACCCUCUACAACUGCUGGGGACCCACCGAGGCGGUGGUGCAGACCACCAUCCACGCCGUCCAGGGCACCGUCGAUGACCAGCUCAACAUCCCCAUCGGCUUUGCCCUCGGCAACUGCCGUCAUUACAUUGUCGACGAGUGCCUGAACCCCCUGGCCCCCGGCUUCAUCGGCGAGCUCUGCAUUGGCGGGCCCCAGGUGGCCCGGGGUUACUGGAACCGACCGGAGGUGAACCGCAAGCAGUUCAUCCGCAACCCCUUCUGCAGCCCGGAUGACGAGGACCGUGGAUGGACGAUGCUCUUCCGCACCGGGGACCGCGCCCGCUUCCUGCCGGAUGGCCAGCUGGAGUUCUUGGGACGGAUCUCCGGCGACAAGCAAGUGAAGCUGCGCGGCUUCCGCAUCGAUCUCGGCGAGGUGGAACAUGUCAUGCAUCGGGAAUCCUUCACCACGGAUGGCCAGGGGAUCGUCGACCUGGCAGUGGUAGCCCGCUCCGUGGAGGACGACCCGAACUCGCUCACGGACGAUCGGCAGCUGAUUGCCUUUGUCGUGCCCAAGAAGCCCCUGCAGACGGCGGCCGAAAAGAAGGAAUACGCCUUGCUCCUGCAGGCCCGCGCCAAGUUCUCGCUGAACGAAUACAUGUUGCCCAAUGCUUACCAGUUCCUCGACGCCCUGCCCACCACCACCAGCGGCAAGACCGACCGGCGCGGGCUGCUCUCCUGCCCGGUCGAGCUGACACACCCGAUUCAAGGACCUGUCAGUCAGUCUUCUUCUGACCCGGCUGCGUCUCAGCCGGACGCGAACUCGGCGCCCAAGGAAGCCCGUCCGGAUACGCUUGCGGCGGUCAGCCGAGCCUGGCAGGCCGUCUUGAAGCUGGACGGGCCUCCGGAACCCACCGGCAACUUCUUCGAGAUGGGCGGCCAAAGUCUUCUGUUCCUCCGUCUCCAGGGCAAGCUAAAGAAGGAGUUCAAGGUGGCUCUCAGUCUGCAGGACAUGAUCCAGAACCCGACGCCCAAGCAUGUGGCCGAGCUGGUGGACCGACACCUGGGAGGAAGUUCUAGCCCCAGCACCGGCACCAACACCAAUGCGCCGACGGAGAACACCGAGAAGAUGGUCAUCCGGAGCCAAGAGGUCGAACGGGUUGACUGGGUGGCCGAGACGACCCUUCCCAUGGACUGUCGCUUCCACCCCUCCGAGGCCAACCCCCCGGCGGCCGUGACCAAUAUUCUCCUGACCGGGGCGGAUGGCUUCACGGGCAUCCAUCUGCUGGCCAAUCUCCUCACCCAGCGGCCGGGCGUCACCGUCUACGUGCUGGGCAGCUACGCGCCGCUCGAUCACGGAAAGAUCUUCCAGAAGCUGAUGGAAUUCAAGCUCGUGAACGGAACCCUCACGCCGGAGCGCAUCCUCACCGGCAUCCAAGUCGUGCCCGGAUUCCUGGCCCACCAAUCGCACUUUGGCCUGUCGACGGUGGACUUCAAGACCCUGGCCACCUCGAUCCACGCCGUCUACCAUCUGCUGUCGGAGGUGUCCCUGCUCAAGACCUACCGGGACCUCAAGCACAUCAACACGACCUCCACCCUGACCCUCAUCGAGCUGGCCAACCUCGGCGGCCAGGGCAGUCGCAUCCACUACCUCUCCACCUGGAGUGUACCCCAUCUGCAAUCCUGGGAGCAGUCGCACCGCAACCUCUCCGGCAUCCAGAUCAACGAGAUGAGCCCCAUCCACUUCUCCCCGCCCGCGACCGUCGACAACGGCUACUUCAAGACCCGCUGGGCCACCGAGAUGCUCCUCACGCGGGCCGCGGCGCGUGGCUUCCCCGUCACCAUCUACCGCUCGUCCGCCAUCUCCGGCAACACGGUCACUGGUGUGGCUUCGUCCGACCAAGACAUCGUGCGCGGCAUGGUGAUGGACAUGGUGCGCCACGGCGUCGUGCCCCAGGCCGGCACCGCCUCCGAACCCUUCGUGAUCGACUUCAUCCCCGUCAACUAUCUCUCCGAAGCGCUGGGGCACUUGACCCUCUCUCAAGACACGGGCCGGCAAUCCGGACUGGAGGUCCUCCACAUCACCAACCCUCAACCCCUGCCGCUCGAGCAACUUCCCCAACUGACCAGGGCCGUCCGCGGCGACAACCAGACCGGCCGCUCCGUGAGCAUCGCCGAGUGGCUCGCAGCCCUAGAAGAAGCCGCCGGCGAAGACGAGCAACUACGACUCGAGACCCUGCGCGACUACUUCCUCAACGGACACAACAUGUUUGCCCUGGACAGCCGCAAAGCGACGGCACUAUUGGCGGAGGUGAAGGAUCUGGUGGCAUGUCCGCCGGUGGAUGCGAAGUACCUGCGGGACUUGUGGACGGGGACGGCUUAGAUGUAACUAACGAUAUGAUGGAUGAUGUUGGAACUGUUACUGUAGCCCGCUGAUCAGGGCAUGGCUUUCUGUCAUAGAAUGCGUGUCAUUUUUUUUUCUGCUUGCGAUGGAAUCUAAUACGAAUGGCUUGAUCAUAUGAAAUUGUAGUAUCUGUUGGAGAGUCG